AGUUAGGGCAGAUCAGUGGAAUGCUGAGCAAAGAGGGCACGGACAAGUGCAGAGACGUGUGAGGAGCGAGAGCAGAGCAGCACCGGCUGCAGUGAGAAGGACAGACAGAGGCGUGUUGGUUUUUGCAGAGCGAGCUGCUGUGGCCCACAGAGCAGUGACACCAAGAGGAAGUGUGAUUAUCCGCUGGGAAAUGACUUUGUAAACAGUUUUGCUGCUGCUCGCCUCAGAGACCGGGCUGAUCUCAGACAGACAUGAACGGCGAUGGCAGCAAACAGCGUUUUGUGUCAACCUUCAGGAUGCAGAUCAAGCCAGCACGUGCAUCAUCAUCAUCAUCAUCAUCAUCAUCCUCAUCAUCCUCAUCAUCCUCAUCUGCAGCAGGGAGUGGGCCACGAACUGCUGGCACCAGGGCCUCGGACCAAUGCACUGAUAGAGGAUCUCUCAACCUCUCGUGUGCGAAACAUCUGGAUCCACCCGUCUUCAUAGAGCCUCUGGAGGACUGCUAUGUGGACGAGGGAAGUGACAUCACACUGCGCGGGGUCCUCACAGGAAGUCCGCCUAUCAAAGUGUCAUGGUUGCACAAUGGUGAAGUGGCCCGUUUUGGGAAACCCUCUUUCAACGGCAGGGAGGUGAGUUUCGUGGUGACGGAGUGCCUGCCGGAGGAUGCUGGAGCCUACACCUGCAUGGCUGUGAACGGAGCAGGGAGGACGUCCUGCUGCGCUGCCGUGUGCGUCAGAGACUUCGAAACUAUCUGCGGUAUGCAGAAAUGUGUUUCAAAGAUCCCCACCUCUGCAUCCAAGAGCAUUCAGGAGAAUGGAAGGUCACCGUCAUCUCCUAUAGAUGAGCUGCAGGUGUUCAGAGGAUCUAUUUGUACCUCUCCUCCAGUGUCUGACAAGCAGAGCAUGGUUUCAUCUCCGAGAGAAGUUAUACCAAAGAAGAGAGCCGACUCCGGGAAAGGUGCAACACUGCGUUUUGAAAACCCCCCACUGCACCUCCAGGUGAAUGCGGGACAGACCACCCGUCUGUUGUGUCUGUUCAGGGGCAGCCCCCCUCUGGUGUCCUGUUGGAUCAGAAACAAAGAGCAGAUAGUGGAUGGUCCCGAGCUGUGGACAGAAAAUACUGAUCAGAGCAGCACACUGGUGAUAGCAGAGACUAAGCCACAGCACACAGGUGGCUACACUAUUGUAGUGAGGGACCGAAAGAGCUCAGCGGAACACAUAAUCACGCUUUCUGUGAUAGAGACGCCACAGCCUCCCGCCUCCUCGCCCCUGAUCUCCCGUGUCUCUGCCACCAGCCUGGUGCUGUCCUGGUCGGGCCCCUGCUACGACGGUGGAAGCGCCAUCCUGGGUUAUGUGGUUGAGGUAAAGAAACGUGGACUUGCUGAGGCCGGGGACUGGAGCGAACUCACUGACCAGUGUAGGAGUACUUCAUACAAAGUGUGUACUGGGCUGCACCCUGAAGAACAAUACUGCUUCAGAGUGAGGGCCUACAACGCAGCGGGAGUAAGUGAGCCUGGACCAGUGUCAACUGCGAUUAAGAUGGAGCAGAAAGCCAAACUGCGAGAAGAGGAGGCCCUUCAAGUGUACACCUGUGUCACUAUCGACUCUUCCCACAAAGUCACGGACCACUACAUUUUGCAAGAGAAACUGGGAAUGGGAAAGUUUGGCCUGGUGUUCAAGGUAACCCACAAAGAGACAGGACGAGUGUGCGCUGGGAAGUUUUACAAAGGGCGACGCGCCAAGGAGAGGGAGGCUGCUCGUAAAGAGAUCGAGUUGAUGAACUACCUCCACCACCCCAAACUGGUUCAGUGCCUGGCCGCCUACGAUCACAAGCCUGAGAUGGUCAUGGUCAUGGAGCUUAUCGCAGGCGGGGAACUGUUUGAACGUAUUGUUGACGACAGCUUUGAACACACGGAGCCAGCCAGUGUACACUACGUGCAGCAGAUCCUGGAGGGGAUUGCGUAUAUGCAUGAGCAAAACAUCAUCCACCUGGACCUGAAACCUGAGAACAUUGUGUGCGUUGACACCAUCGGUACCUCCAUAAAGAUUAUCGACUUCGGAUUGGCCGGCAGGCUUGAUCCAAACACGCCUCUGAAGGUACUGCAUGGGACUGCAGAGUUUGUGGCACCGGAAGUGAUAAACUAUGAGCCUGUGUGUUUAGCCACGGACAUGUGGAGCAUUGGGGUCAUCUGCUACAUAUUACUGAGUGGUGAGUCUCCGUUCCAAGGAGACAGCGAUACAGAGACCCUGGCCUCGGUCACAGCUGCCCAGUGGGAAUUUGAUGAGGAGAGCUUUGAGGAAAUAACGGACGAGGCCCAAAAUUUCAUCAGUUCCCUGCUCAACAAGGACACCAGGCGGAGGAUGUCCUGUGCAGAGGCCCUGGCCCACCCUUGGAUGGCAGCAUUCGACUCCGGAGAUUGUGCCAACACCAAGUCUCUGUCCAAGGAGAAGAUGAAGAGGUUUCUGGCCAGGCAGAAGUGGAAGAAAGCAGGUAAGGCCAUGCUUGCCCUGAAGAGAAUGGCUUUACUAUCCAAAGGCGAAACCAGCCCUGUAUCUCCAACCAGCCCCGGGGGAAACGCACCCCUGAGCCCAGAAGCAGAGCAUGCCCUGCUCUCUCUGGAGCAGAAGAUGCAGGGUCCACCACACUUCACCCAGUGCCUGGAGGACCAGACAGUGGCUCCGGGAUCCAGUGCCUGUCUGUCAUGCCACCUCACAGGAUACCCCGACCCGGAGGUGGUGUGGCUGUGUGGAGAGGAGCCCGUAGAGGAGUCCCCCGCAGUGCAGAUAGAGUAUGACGAAGAUGGCCGCUGUACCCUGGCGCUUGCCAAAGUUGAGGCCGCGGACGCCAAUGUUUACACCUGCAGAGCCACCAAUGAGCAUGGGGAGACAUGCUGCUCAGCCAACCUCACUGUUCGAGAGUAGAUUCAUUACACCAGUGUGGACUUGCUGUACAAGACAGAUAUAUAAAGAUGAUUUUAAUGUUCUUGAGUGCCUUGAACACUUGUAUUGUACAUUCUUGCUUUAAUAUAAACUGGGACCACACUGUUAAUCCUGUACUUUAUCUGAGAAUAUAUAAUCCAUGUAUAACUUAGUAUGUGAACAGAUGAAUAUUGUUACAAAGCCACACAUAUAUAAAAUGUUAUUUUACAUUUGACCAUUACACUUCAAUAAUAUGUUGUUUCAUCUGUGAAUCAUUUUGAGAUUUCCUUUCAAAACUACCAACUGACCUGAAUAUGAAUAAACUGGGAUUCUUACCUUUUAAAAAGAAA